AAAUCUACACACAUCCUAUCCACAAUCUCAACCAUGGCGGAGCAAACGCUCAACAUUCCCUCGAUCCUCGUCUUCAUCAUCGUCACUGUGCUUGCCGUGCGGUGGUACACGCGAUCAAAUACCGCCACAUCAAACAAUCCACAAGCCUCCUCCACGACAGGAGCAACAGUACGCAUCAAUGCCGCACAAGUCGAGCAGAUAUCCCAAAUGUUUCCGCAGCUACAGCGGCGAUCCAUCGCGUGGGAACUGCACCGGAACGGCGGGAAUGUGGCGGCUGUCACCGAGAAGGUGCUGAGUGGGCGGAGCUUGGAAACUCCCCCACCAUCCUUUACGCUCCCCACACCUCUGCGCUCCACCACAAACACACCAACCUCCCGCACACCGACACCAGCCGCGAAAGCUGUAUCCAAACCAGACCUGAUAUCCCGCUACAACCUCUCUUCUAAGCUCGCAAACUCGGCUUCAGAAACUUCGGCCACCACAUCGGAAGGCGAGCAACCUGUGAAACCGAAAGCGUGGUCUCAAGAUCGAAACGAGCGCCAAUCGAAUCUGCAGCGACGGAGGGAGGAAAUGAUCCUAGCGGCGCGGCGAAAGAUGGAAGAGAAGGAUCGAGCGAAGGCUUGA